UGGUGGUCGCACCGCACGCAGUUCGCUCGGGACCUUUGAAGCGGGCGGUGGCUCUCCAGUCUUACCGGUAUAAGGUCGGUCGCGUGAUAUCAUUCUCGGUUGGACGGACGACGACGACGGUGGUGUAUCGUCGCGGGAUCGAUUGGCGCAAACGGUUCUGUCGGUGUCGUUCCGAUUCGCCAAGUGGCAAUUCGCUGUCUGCGGUUAGUGUGGUAAUUUGCAAACUGCAUUUUUUUUUCGGACGGAAAUGGGUUGGCCGUAUCUGUGGAUAGAACCGUCCGGACGCAAAACUCACCGUUCUUCAGCGAUGGAUGUUUUCUGUAUUACGCAAUGGUCGCGCUCGCUUGAGCUAGUUGUUUGCUAUUGAUUGGUUCGCGUGAGUUCACGAGGGCGAUAAAUUUUCACCUGCAUUGUGCGAUAUGUGGAAUGUGAACUUCGAAGUGACGGCGUGCCAAGGCAUGUGCCGUUGAGUGGAAAUUGGCAACCGAUUUGAUUGUCCGAUAAAUGAUUGUUCAAUAAUGAGCAUGUGGGUAUAGAGGAAGUACUUAGUGUUGUCGUCGACGGACCCGCAGGCUUUAUGUACUCUAUUCGAUCGAGCAAGUUUGGCGAAAUUCUAUUCUGCGGAUGAUAAAAAUAAGCACAGCAGUUUCGGUUCGUACAAAAAGGGGAGCCGGCUUUUGUCCGCCAGUGCAUUGUUUGUGUCGUCAAUUCCGAAGAAAAGGUGUGGAAUGAAUCUAUCGUAUGUGAAAUUUUGUGUUCGAGGUAGGCAGCCUAUGCCAUAGUGGAGAGGUGCACAAACAGCGGAUGAGUUGGGAGUUGCCUUCAACUAAAAUAUUGAAAUUCAAUGCCAACGGUGGAGUUUCGGGUUCUGCUGCAAUAGGAUUUUGUGGGGAGCUGUGGAAACGAUCGGUGGUAAAAGUGUUUGUGUUUGCACAAAAAGAGUGACGCGAUUGAUGGGCAAGUUUUAAAGCCUGCUCUAUGUAUCGAUUUUAUCGUGUUGUGAAAUUGCAAUUCAAAUCAAAUCAGUUUGACGGUUGUUCUGUAAAGUUUGGUGCAGUGUGGUCGAAUGUUAAAGUGAUUGAUUGUCCAAUGAUGCAUUUUGUGAAAGUCGGUUUUGCGGUCUGCAUACAAUAGCUGCGGCGUUCCAACACCGGCAGCUCUAACAACAGCACCACCGUUGAAAUCGAGGAAUGUGAAUCGCUUUCGUUGGGCAGCUUCCGUUCCAGUGGAUCGGCAAAAUCGCAGACCAUCGUGCAGCGAUCAUCGGAGAAAUCAUCGUCCACUUCCCUGUCGACGCUUUCAUCGCCCUCGCCAGCAGCGGAGGCAACGCGCAACAUUCGACCGAAUAGAUGGGGGACUCACGAAGCAACGACGCCAGCCAGAGAUCCGGAACGGGUCCAACAGAAAACUAUUGAGAUUGAGUCCCGCUUUGAAAAGAAAGAUGCGCAGUCCAAUACUGACUUGUCAAUGGGAGAGUACGAAAGUUUAAGCAAAAAUCAUGAUUCAAAGUCUCAAUUCUCAUCAAAAAAUUCAGAGUCGAUAAUUGAUAACCAUGUGAUGAUUAGUCGUGAAGCAGUAACGCCAUCCAGAGAGCCGGAACGGGCUCGGCAAAAUGCUAUUGAGAUUAAGUCCCGAUUUGAAAAGAAUGAUGCGCAAUCGAACUCCAGCUUGUCGGUAGAAGUGUGCGAAAGUUUAAAUAAAAAUGAUGAUUCGAAGUCUCAUUUCACAUCAAGAAAUUUAGAGUCGAUAGUUGAUAGCAAAGUGUUGAUUACUCGCGAAGCAGUGACGCCAUCCAGAGAGUCGGAACGGGUUCUGCAGAAUGCUAUUGAGAUUAAAUCCCGAUUUAAGAAGGACGAUGCGCAAUCGAAUUCCAGUUUGUCGGUGGAAGCGUGCGAAGGUUUAAACAAAAAUGAUGAUUCAAAGUCUCAUUUCACAUCAGAAAAAUUAGAGUCGAUAGUUGAUAGCAAUGUGGUGAUUACAGAAGCUGAUUCAGCUCAGUUGAAGAACGAUAUUAUUGAGCAUUCAACGAAAACACUUGAAAAUAACGAAGAUAAGGAAAGGCGAAAGUCUUUAAUUACUACUUUGCCCGAAAUAGUUGUAAAAUCUAACGAAACAAGUGAAGUGAUCAAUGGUUAUGUUGAACCCGACUUAAAAUUCAGUGACCGAGAACGAUCACAACAAUACGCUCCAACCGCCGAUACAAAGCAAUCGAAAAACCAUAAUCCCAACGACGAGUCGUUUUCAAGUCCUGUUCAGCACAAACCAACCGAAGACUGUAACGAGUUCCAACAUGAAUCGGAACUAAAUGUCACAGCUGGUGACGUUCGGCGCAAAUCUCCCAUCAGUCGUCAAACAUUCGGUUCGUUCCAGUUUCCGCGCCACAUCGACGCUUCCAACACAAGUUCCACCAGCCUCGCCUGGUCCUAUUUACCCCAGCUAUCGACGUCGCAUUCAACUUCAUCUCUGGCCUCUCUCCGGUCCAACUCCUGCAACACCGCAGCCGCUUCCCAAUCGCCGGUGCAACGCCGUCAGCUGAAAUCCUACGCCCAGCGGCACCACCGUUCCAGCUUCCAUGUGUUACCGAACUAAAUCGCAUCCUUCAAUCCGUCAACCAGCCCCAGCUCCGAAACUCAAACGAAUCGAAUAAAUUCUAUG